AUGGACGAAACAUAUCUGAAGAAUCUCGAAACGGCGGCCCAUCUAAUCAUGGCACCGCCGAAUUCCAUCUCCAACCAGCAGCGCCAGGAGUCGGAGUCGAUUUUCACGAGCUUCCGUAAGACGAAAACACCGUAUGCGCUCUGCCAGGCGAUCUUGGAGAAGUCGUCCGUCGAUUUGGUCCUGUUCGAGGCGGCCGACGUGCUGAAGAAGGCCGUCGUUGGAGAAUGGAAGUUCAUCGCGGAGCAGGACCGGGCCUCGCUGCGUCAGUACCUGCUCAACUACGUCAUCCAGCGAGACGUGCCGGUGUUCAUACGGGACAAGCUGCUGCAGGUAGUGGCGAUCAUGAUCAAGCGAGCGAGCCUGGAGGAUCACGGCGUGGAGCGCGGCCAGAUUCUGGAGGAGACGAAGAAAAUGCUCACGUCCGGGGAGCUGAAGCAGCAGAUUUUAAGCUGCAGCAUCAUGCUAGCGAUUCUGGAGGAACAUUGCAACAUCGUGCGAUCGGAUGACACGGGACUGAACACGCUGGAGCAUUUUAAGGCGAAGAAGCAGUUCGAAGAAACCGAUCUGCUUAAGACGUUCUGCAUGACGCUCCAGGCGAUGGUGGACAUUGUGAACGGGUUCGAUACGUCCAACAACAUGCAAAUGUAUUUCUUCAAGCAACUGCUCACCGUGAUGGAGACCGUGCUGACGUGGGGCUUUCUUCUUCCCAACCUGCGGAACGUCCGCGUCCGCCACGCACUGUCGAAGAGCAUCAUCGAUACGUCGGAAACGGUGACGAAGGCGUUACACGCUCCACCGCUUCGCUUGCAGGGUCAAUGGAAGAGCAUAAUCUUUGACCCGAAGGUGCUGGAGGUGUUUUUCCACACUUACUGGAAAACGCGCGAAAUUGAAGAUCUGCAGCCGAAAACGCUAACCUGCAUCUUGCAGCUAUCCACCCUUCGGGGUCCGAUCGUUACGGAAAAUGUCGACGAAAGCAUGUCCUAUCUGGCGAAUUACCUGACGCACUUCCUUUCGCUGAUGACGAACAUCGAAAUAAAGGACAAGGAAGCGUACAGCUUUUCUCUGAUUCUGCGCAAGUUAUUCCAGUUCCUGCCCACAGGUAUGCUUAAGAUGCUACCGAACUCCCUGUUCGAUGCAGCCCUGCAGCAGUGCUUCACGCUGACGAUGAAGUUCUUCGAACAAUCGGCGGCGGAAGAAUCCGUAGCGCCGGACGAGGCCCUGUACGUUGACGCCCUGACUAAUAUGCUCUGCAUAUGGAUGUCAUUUUUUGACGAUAAGCAAAAUUUCCCUGUCGAACCUAUGCUACCGUAUAUUACGCAGAUGUUCGAAAAGUACGUCCAGUGCCAUUUGGCUCCACCGCAAGGCAUCCGUGGUGCGGGCGGUAAGGACAACGAUGCCGGUGAGAACGAAAUCACCGACAUGGAGGAGUCAGAUCGGGAGCGUUUCAAGGAGCAGCUCACCAUUAUGGGCAUUUUCGGACGGCAAAUUCUCCUCCAUGCGCUCGGUUUGCUGGCGAAGCUGUUGGAAGACCGCACGAGAAAGCUCGGCACGCAUCUGCACAUGCUGCACGCGUCAAAGUCGCUCUCAAUCUCGGAUGGGAUGAGUUUGGAAAAUUUGUUCGAAGACAUCCACUGGCUGCUGCUGAUCAGUGGGCACGUGAUCGCAUUGGAAUCGAUCGGUGAAACGCCGCUAAUACCGGAGACGAUACUGACGCUGUGCAAACAGCAGAUUGAUUCUGGUGCGACAGACGUAACGAACAGCAUGAAACUGCUGGCGUCACCCAAUCAGGAUAUCCAGGAGAUACCGAACGCGGAAUCGAACGUUGAUCCGGUGAUACGGCUGAUGGCGGCCGGGUUUCGGUUGUGCGAACUAGAGAAGACCGCCAUCGAGGUGCGCAUGUACCAGUUCCUGAGCCCCGAACUGAGCGCCUCCGUCAUGUGGUUUCUGCGGCAUUGGUGCGGAACGUACGUGAUGUCCGCGUACGAACCGAACGCGAAUCAUAUUUUCUCAAAUGCGUUCGGCAUCGGUACUGCUGGCGCGUUGUGGGUGAUAAAUUAUCUGCUGAACAAGAUAUGUCUGAACGCGCAGCAUCUUCGCGGAGAGCCUGCCGUCAUGGAGGAAACGAUCGAACUGCUACUGUCGCUGCAACGGAACCGCCAUCGUGCACAAACCAUCUUCAACUCGGAGUACUUCCGGUCGAUCUGCGAUCUGAAGAGCUUCGACCUGCCACUUACGGUGAAGCGCAAGUUGUUGCGGGGUUUCGUCACAAUCGGGAGCAGCGUAGAAGGGGAUGAAGUACGUAGCGAAUACAUCAUGCGCAUCGUGUUGGGCACGAAGGAGAAGUUCAAUCUCCUGCAAACCACCCUCCAGCAGCAUGCUCACGUGCACCAGAGUGAACAGUUUAAGCAAAAGGUCAUCGAAGUCCUGGAGGAAACGAUUGGUUGCGUAGAGGGAGCAUUUGACAAUCUGAUGCUGACGCUGUUCAACGAAAUUCAACCUAUCUGCAAGCAACUGAGCACGUUUAUGACCGUGUACAAGAACGAUACCGUGAUUGUGGAGCUUGUGCUGGAGCUGCUGAAUGAACUGGAGCGAUCGGCGGAGGUAAAGGAGGUACGAGUGGCACUGCACCAGUACAGCAUGGACGUUAUCUGCGUGUACGUGAAGAACAACAGCAAUCGCAUCUCGCUCGAUCCCACGAACAGCGAGCGCGACCCGCAGGAUCUCAUUCUCAUCUUGAAGCUUAUCCACGGGCUGAGCUCAAGCAGGGUUGCCAAUGACGAGGAAACGUUGCAGCAGGCCUCGGACGUUUGCAUCUACGGGUUGACGAACAUUGUGCCGCUGAUUACGACGGACCUUAUUCGCUAUCCGGAGCUGUGCUACCAGUACUACAUCACAAUAACUUCCUUCGUUGAUUCCAAGCCAUAUGUGGUACCAGCGUUACAUCCCGACUUUUUGAAGCAACUGGUCGCCUCGGUAGAACUAGGGUUGACAUCGUUCACAUCGGAGGUGGAACUAAAGUGUGUCGAGUUUAUUGAAGCGUUCGCGCAGGUCGUCCGCCUACAUCAGAAUCCAGAGGCGUUAGUCACGCAGCUGUUACAAUCGUUCCUAAAGCUGAUGCUCGACAUGACGAUCGGGCAGAAGAUCGACUGGAAUAACACGAGCGACUGGUACAAAGCGAUGUACACGGUCAUUUGCUGCUUCCCGCAAACGUUCAAGGACAUGAUCCAGAGCUUCCUGCAGGAGCACGUGGACAGCAGCACCGACAAAGCGAAGGAGAUGAUUGGCGACAGCCUGAUGCGGCUGAAUCAGAUAGAGUUUUUGAACAUGCGCUUGAUGAAGGUUCGGUUUGUCGACUGGUACGAUCGAUUUGUUUCGCUGGUGAGUCUUAUGUAUAAGAAGUAG